AUGCUCCGUCGUCAAGGGGUUGCGCUGCUGCGCGCGCGCUCGACGUGCUCCAUGUCGCUACUGGGCUCUAUCUUUGGCAUUGGCGAGUUCGAGGGCGCACGUGACUCGUCAUUGAGUCGCAGCACGAGCAAGCAGCAGGCCUACAACGUGGCGUUACUGGACUACGUGAGCAUGAAUUCGCAUCCGAAGUUCAUGCUGCAGAAAGUGCUGGCCAAUGACGUGCCUUUUCUGAUGGGUCAUGUGCUGGUAGGCGCUGGUCAAUGUCUCGCUCCACUCAUGCAUCAAGACGCUCUGGAUGCUGUAGCCAGUCUUCAAGCAGCUACUGCCAUUUCUAAGCAAGAAGAGACGACAACGGCCGAGAAAUUACAUGUAAAAGCACUGGACGCGGUGGUCCAUGGUCGGUACUACGAGGCAGCUGCACUGUAUGAAACCAUCUUAUUGCACGACUACUCGGACCUUCUGGCACUGCGCUGCUGCUAUGAUGUCUAUCGAUUGCUCGGUGACUAUAAGAAUCUCCUGGCCACAGUGACGCGUCGUUUGACGUCCUGGUCUCCGAGUGAUGCUGGAUAUAGCCAUUUGCUGGGGAUGCAAGCGUAUGGAAUGCAAGCUGCUGGACGGCUGGAUGCAGCAGAAGCUUUAGCCGAAAAGGCGCUGUCCAUGAGUGGCAAUGAUCGGUGGGCAUUGCACACUAUGCUGCAUGCGUUAGAAGCACGGGGCAAUGCCAAUCACGGCGCAAGUUACGCAAAUCAAUUUAAGGAACAAUUCGACAACGGUGGACCACUUGAGCGUCGCUUGUACUAUCAGUGGGCGUUGUACAUGCUGGACCUAGGUCAUUAUGACCGCGUCGACAAGAUGCUGGAAGUUAAUAUUUUCCCUCGUCAACCCAAAGGCGGCCCCCAUGCAGUACCGACUCUUUGCGACGCAACUCAGCUUUUCUGGAGACUGCGCUUUGCAGGUCAGGAUACGGUUAAGCUGGGAGAAGAGCUUCUUCAAAACUGGACUGCCAUCUUUCCAUCGACGAGCUCGGAUGUGAAUGAGGUGCCGAAAGCUUGUCUUUCUCCACUUGCUAACGUGCUCCGCUACAGUAUUAUGUCAUGCGUGUCACCGAGCGAUACGCCGGUAGCGGAACCACUAAUGUCGGAACCUGACGUUGACAUUGGCUGCCUGGCGAGUCAGCUAGGCCUUACCUUGUAUCAGUUUAGCUUUCCUCCUAUCCCAGAUGAGCUAGAAAAGGUGUAUACUCGCGUUUGCGAAGGUUUCCGAGCGUACGCAGAGGAUCGAUUUAUCGAUGCUACUCAAGCGCUAUUGCCUGUGCGUGGAAAGCUCGGACUGCUCGGUGGAAGCGAAGUCGACCAAGACGUGGUGGAACAACUGCUUAUCGAGUGUGCCAGCAAGUGCGAGGACCUUCGACUCGUGAAACUCCUCCUCAAUGAACGGUUGGGUACGAGACCACAAAGCGCCCAGAGUUGGAACACUUUUUCGCGCGUAUCUGCAGCCAUGGGAGAUUCUUCUGCCGUGCGUGACGCGCAGGGCAUGAGUUACGUGCUGGGUCUGGGCCGAGGUGGCAACCAGACGUACUAG